CCGAGGCCUCCCCGGCCCCGCCUUUUCCCGGUCCCCCCCUUCUCUUCUCUCUCUAGCUCCCGGAGCUCCCCUGGGGGUGGGUCCUGGGCGGCCCCGGGAAGCCCCGCCUCCAGGCCGGUCCCUUCAAGAAGCGCGCGCCUGCCGCCCUCUCCACAGUUCUGGAUUCGCGCACAGUCAGACGGGCUGCGGAUGGACGGAAGCGCGACGUCAGGCGGGAAGCCCAAGUCCGCCAGCAUGGACCUGUGCGCCCUCUACGAGAAGCUGCUCUCUCUGAACCCGGUGGCGUCGGCGACCCGAGGGGAGCUGGAACUGGAGCCCGAGCUGGGCUGGGCCUCUCGAAGCCCCUGGAGUAACCUCGCCGACCUGGAGCCCGCGGCGUCUCCCCCGCGGCCCUCGGACCCCCCUAUCCCCCGACCUCCGGGCCGCUCCACCAGCCUGGUGGAGGGCCGCUCCUGGGUGCCGCCGCCGCCGGGCUUUGAGCCCCUGCCGCCCAGGGCCGGGCCCGUGCCGUCGGAAGGCGCCGCCGGGGCCGCCUCGUCGUCCAGGUACAAGACGGAGCUGUGCCGGACCUUCUCCGAGAGCGGCAAGUGCCGCUACGGCUCCAAGUGCCAAUUCGCCCAUGGGCCCGGCGAGCUGCGGCCGGCCAGCCGCCACCCCAAGUACAAGACGGAGCUGUGUCGCAAGCUGUUAAUCCUGGGCUCCUGCCCCUACGGGAGCCGGUGCCACUUCAUCCACUACCCGUCCGACUUCCUGUCCGGUGCCGUGGCUCACCCGCCCCCCCUGCGGCAGAGCCUCAGCUUCUCCGGUGUGCCUUCUGCCCGGCGCCGCGGCUCCCCCACCCUGAGCCCUCCAGGGCUGCCGGACCUGCCGUUCCCCUUGGGCUUCUCCUCCCCUCCUUCUUCUCCGCCCCCGCUGGCCACCGCCCCCGGGGACCUCCUUUUCUUGCCUUCCGCCUUCUCGGCUGCCCCUGGUCAGGUGCCCCGGGGAGCCACAGCGGGAGAAGCCUGUUGCCCCUCCUGCCGCCAGAGCACGGGCUCCUGGGGGCCCGUAAGGGACGCCCUGGGGCUGGGGCUGGCCCGCAGCCCUUCGGCUCACUCCCUGGGCUCCGAGCCAGACGACCAGGCCAGCAGUGGGGGCAGCAGCCUGGGAGGCUCCGACUCUCCGGUGUUUGAGGUGGCCGUGGGGGGAGCCUUUGCCCCCUCUAACUCUCACCUCCUGGCCCCGGCUCCCACCCGGCGCCUUCCUAUUUUCAACCGGCUCUCUGUGUCCGACUGAACAGCCCUGCCUCCCCAGACGUAGCCGAAUGGUGGGGGGGUGUCAGGAAUUUGUCCUUAUUGCCAGCUGUGCCCAGAUGUGGAGUUAGAUCCCUCAUCUACUCAGCCCCCCCAGAACGAACCCACUGCCUAGUCUCCCGGGGCGGGUCCCCUUGGGGAGUGAGAACUGUAGAGGCGCGGGUUGGGGGGGCUUUUAUUUGUUUUGUUGUCCUAAAUAUGUAGCAUACCCCGUCGCGACCCUCGGCGUGGCCCCAAAGUCUUAGUGCAGCCGUGCGCAGACCUCCCUGCGCCUUAACUGCUCCGCCCUUUGGGCCACUCCGUUGGGGGGUAAGGAUAGGAGAUUACCCCCUCCUUCAUGCUGUGAACAGGCAGGCUUCCCCAAGUCUCCCCUGGAUGGGGCCUCCCCCAGUCCUGGUGCUCAACCCCCACGGAACCAGACCAAAUCCAAGUGUCCCUCCCCCACCCGGGCCCCUUAUUUAUGGUGACGACAUUAUUUAUUCCGCCGGGUUUUGUAGUAUUUAUAAGUGCGGUCGUCCCCCCCUUCUGUCUAAUAUGGGGAGACCGCGCCGCUGUAAUAUAUUUGAAAUAUAUCAUAUAUAUAUAUUGUUAGCUAAACCAAAGGAAAUCUAUUUUUGUUGUUGGUGGAGUCCUUUUUUUGAAUUAAAACGAAUCUACAAAAGA